AAUUCACAAUAAUAUCAUUGCUAUCAGUUAUAUAGCUCCUAUGAAUUGCUUAUCUGCAGAGCCAUGGCUCAAACUUUAUAACUGGGUCUUGAUUACAUACUUAGGUACCUUAGGUAGAUAAGGUAGGUAGGUACUCAAGCACCAGCGGCAGUAAUCAGGUAGUCCUUCAGCUGAAGUCGCUGAUUCUCUGCAGCAAGUACUUUAGGCUGCGCAGCCGCAAACAACUCUCACUGCCUCACUCACGUCACCCUUUUACUUCGAUUCCCCUCCCUUUCCUUCACAAUUCUGGCCUUGACCUCUCUUACUUUACAAACACGCAACCCAAUAAGCUCCAGAGCUGUCGACAGAAUUCCGAUAUUCUCAUCCUGCCUAACUGAGCUGCUGUCAGCUUGCACCUACCCCACCUUGACGCCAACCUCACCGAAUAUCUGAUCAUAUAACCUACACCACGGUCAAUCACUUUGCACACCAGAUUCAACCAUCACGAUGGCUUCUCCCACCAAAGACCCUAUCACGUGUCACGUUCUUGAUACGCAGGCUGGUCGCCCUGCUCGUGGCAUUCGUGUCCGUCUCGAAGGCCCCAUCCCGCCAUCGACCAACCCUCACUCUGCUGCCCAACCUCGACCCAACACCUUCGAAUCCAUGACCGACGACGAUGGUCGCGUUACGGCCUGGUUACCAUAUCUUUCCGAGGAUGUUGCUGGAGAGCCUCCUCUCCAGACUCUCGUCGAGGUGCUUGAGGAUCGCAAGGGACAGGGUUCGUCGCGAUGGACGCUUCGCUUUGAUACGGGAGCUUACUUUGGCGAAGAAAACACCUUCUUCCCUGAAGUGACGGUAACAUUUCGUGUCGAAGAGGGACAGACGUAUCAUGUUCCCCUGCUGUUGAGUCCCUAUAGUUAUACUUCCUACCGUGGAAGCUAAAUGGGUGGUAGCAGUCUCCGUAUUACACGGAGCGAAAUGACCAGUAUCAGGGGCUGAAUCUCAUGAGAAACAAUGGAUGCCAAAGCGAUUUUUAGAAUCCUAUUCAUGAAACACCACUUGCGUAAUUCGACGAGAGCACGGAGAGGAUGACAAUGUUACGAUCAUAGCGAUAAAGCUACUUAUCAAUUCUUAAAAGAGUGUGUCCGUGUCGGCUACUUCCUUCCAAGCCAAGCCAAAUGGCUAUAUGAUUGACAUUGCUGUCUCUGCCCUACCAGAGGGACUUUAAUAUCCAAGUAUUUGCCCUGUUUGCCAGGCGAUACUUUUCCUUGCCGAUCAAGAAACCGUGAUCCAGGUAAACGCCACGCUGUCCACAAAAGAAAAGAAAAGAAAAGAAAAGAAAGUGAUUUUUCAGAAGAAAAGCAUC